AUCAGGUGAUGUCAUCUCCAACCACUGGCCAAUGGCCGAGCCCUCAGCUGGGAGCAUCUUUGCUGCAAGACAGGAGAGAAGAGAGGAAGAGGAGGAGGAGGAGGAGGAGAACAGCUGCUGGGUGGAAAUCUGGGGAAGGGGAGGCGGCAGGGUGGGGAGAUCCUUUGUUCCUUCCCCACCAUGGUGCUUUGGGACCCAGUGCGGCCUCUCCUCCGGCACGGCUAGACUUGCCACCGCAGACCUUCCUUGUGGUCCACAGGCAGGGGAUGAGCCUCCAACGGAUUGACAGGGCUCUUCCUUUGACAGCAGGGGAUGGUCCAGGUGGCUCCUCGACCUGCGUGGGACCUCAUCCAUCAUCUCUCUUCACUCUGCAGCAGAUACCCUGACGAUAUCCAGGUUCUUUGGAGAGGGACACUUUGUCCUUCCUCGGAAAGGCAAACUGAAUCCAGAGAACGGCAACAUCCUAUCUAUCCCAGUUCUUUUCCUUGACUUGAAGUAGCAGGACGCCUGGGUUUUCUGCAUGUCUGCCUGUCAGGAUGUCAACCAUCAGCCCUGAAUAUGACUAUUUGUUUAAGCUGCUGCUGAUCGGUGAUUCUGGAGUCGGAAAAUCGUGCCUCCUGCUGCGUUUUGCAGAUGACACCUAUACAGACAGCUACAUCAGCACCAUUGGCGUAGAUUUCAAAAUUCGAACAAUUGAGUUGGAAGGAAGGACAAUUAAGCUGCAAAUUUGGGACACGGCAGGGCAGGAGCGCUUCCGAACCAUCACGUCCAGCUAUUACCGAGGUGCACAUGGCAUCAUCAUUGUGUAUGAUGUGACAGACCAGGAUUCGUUCAACAACAUGCACCUCUGGAUGGAGGAGAUCAACCGCUAUGCCAGCGAGAAUGUGAACAAGCUGAUUGUUGGAAACAAGAGCGACCUCACAAGCAAGAAAGCCGUGGACUACACAACAGCCAAGGAAUAUGCGGACUCCCUCGGGGUGCCCUUCCUCGAAACCAGUGCAAAAAAUGCCACCAAUGUGGAGCAGGCGUUUCUCACGAUGGCGGCGGAGAUCAAGAACCGAGUGAGCAGCGGUCCCACUCAGAACGACAGCCACAAGUCCAACCUCCACAUCCAGAGCGGGCCCCUGAGGCAAGAAGGAGCCGGCCAAGAAGACGGAGGGGGAGGCUGCUGCUAAGGGAAGCGCCCAACCAGGAUCGAUACCCGUGGAAGGUUUGGAGAAUGUGUGGGUGCCGGGGGUCAGUUCCCUUUGGGUCUGCGCCACUGCUAACGGCACCUGGACUUCCCCUCUUCUUCAUAUGCACAAUAGGACUUUGGUUGGCAAAGCAGCCUUUGAUUCCUUUAUCUCAUUUUUAUGACCUUGGAGCCAUAAUAUCCGUCCCUGCCCAGCUGAUACCUUCUCGCUAGCGGCCACAUCCUGUCCGAUCCUCCGAUGCAGACACGAAUUCAGCGCUCUGCCGUCCCACAGCGGCCAAAGGAAGGAUCAAGAGUUGCAAAAGAAAAAGCAGAGAAGGGGAAAAGGAUUUUAUACAAGGUUAAUUCCUUUGCAACAAGAGUAUCGUGAUUUUCCUGAAUUUUUUUUUUUUGCCUUCAAAACAUUGCACAUUCAGCAUUGUGAGCAUGCACGCAACAUCACUUCACAUUGGCUAUUCACAAACAUGUCCUUUUUGAACUUUCGUCCCCAAAUCCGCCUCUUAUUUCAGUGUGGGAGGUUUUCAGACUAAUAUAAAUACCAGAUUUGUUUCUCUCUGCUCCCUCUGGCUACUACGUGUAGAUUGCUAUACACGUAACUGCAUCCCAAGCAUACAUUAACUCCCCUAAGUAUUGGGAAUUUGGGUUUGGGGAGGUUCCAGGGAAAUUUCUACUCCCUUGUCUCAGCUUCCAGGAACUAUAUGGCCAUGUUCUAGAGGCAUUUUCUCCUGACGUUUUGCCUGUAUCUAUGGCAAGCAUUCUCAGAGGUAGUGAGGUCUGUUGGAACUAGGAAAAAGGGUUUAUAUAUCUGUGGAAUGACCGGAGUGAGACAAAGGACUCUUGUCUGCUGGAGCUAAGUGUGAAUGUUAUUUGUGUAUUGUCAAAGGCUUUCAUGGCCAGAAUCCCUGGUUGUUGUGUGUUUUCCAGGCUGUAUGGCCACAUUCCAGAAGCAUUCUCUCCUGACGUUUUGCCUGCAGCUUGGGGGUCCUCCUGGAUUCAGCGCUGAUGCUUGAUGCGCAGGUGUCGGCGGUGGCCGGGAGGGCCUUCGCAUAAUUAAAACUUGUGCGCCAGCUGCGACCAUACUUCAUGAAGUCUGACUUGACCAUGGUGGUCCAUGCCUUAGUUACCUCUAGACUGGACUACUGUAAUGCUUUCUGUGUGGGGCCCGGAAACUACUUGUCCAACGCUCUGCAGCCAGAUUAAUAACUGGAGCUAGUUAUAGGGAGCGAUCAACCCCUGUUUAAGGAGCUCCACUAGCUGUCAUUUAUUUUCCGGUCCCAAUUCAAGGUACAGGUUUUUACCUACAAAGCGCUAAAUGGUUUGUAGCCUACCUUUGUGAACGUAUCUCGCUCCACGUACCAACCGGGGCCCUUCAUUCCUAGGGGGAGGUCCU